CACUCAGUGUCGGGCGCGACUUGGCAACGUGCGUUCUGCCAGCGGCUGUCAGAAUACAGAAAAUACAAAAUAAAUCGUUUGUCAAUAAUACAAUUAAAAUAAAUUUAUUUGGUGUGUUAUUCUUCAUAUCACGGAAAACCUCUAGAAACUUCGCUCUGAGAGAUUCCGAACUGUGUUCUGUUAUCAUCCUAAACAUUUAUUAUUGUUUGUGUUUUUAUUUUGACCGGGAAAAGCCGGCUCCCUGUGGAAAUUUGUAUUUACAGUGUCUAGUUAAGUGACCGUACACAGUAUCGUUGUGAAACUAUCUCUACAUAAUUUCGCGGGUUUAUUUUGUUUUGUAUUUUUUUUUUUAGUAUAGUUUUUGGUGCGCAAGAAAAGUCGUUCCCAAUUCCCAAUCUGAUAAAAUCCACGAUUGACGGAUCUUAAGGUCUUUGCUGGGCGGCUGGAAGUGUUUAAGGUAACACAAAGAUCGUAUAUAAACAAAUUUACUCAAUAAAACUAAUAAGAAAUUCGAGAAUUCUCUACCGAACCUCAACACCUCAAGAUAAACGGUUUGGAUUGAUCGGAGCCGUCGAGUUGUGUGGAAACAAAGCUUCACGUUGUCGGAAGGUGAACGAUCUUCAUUCGACUCGAUACAGAUUAUUCCAAACUGCCGCACCAUCAGCGACGCGGAGUGCCGAGAGCCAAUCAUGAAUUAGAUAUCGCACAAACGAUAUCAAAACGUAAGUAUCCGGUAUCACCGUGGAAAAGGACAUUGAACUCUAUAUGGCGAAAAUUAAGGGAUGCCGGUUUCCUGAAGAUGGCCUCACGCACCCCGUCCCUUGAGUCGCUGCCCGGUGCCAACUCAAUAGGUUCGCUGGAGCGUGGCUCCAUAUCGCCCCUCACUCUCAGCGGUUCAUCACCCCCUGCGAGCGACUCCGCCGUAUGUGAUUUACGCGACUUCGACGGACUCGAUACCACUUGCGCCAUCUGCCGUGAGACAUUCAUCGACCCCAAAGUACUUAACUGCUUUCAUACUUUUUGCCGGGCUUGCCUGGACAGAGAACAGACCCACCCGGACAGAGUAACGUGCGUUACUUGUCGUGUUGACACUCAAUUGCCACCCGGUGGUGUUGACAGCCUUCUUACGAAUUUAGUGAUCGCCGCUGCUGUCGACCAAGACGCUGAGCUGCUCUCAUCUGGGCGACAGACAAGCUCUCCCUUGGCUCGUUGCACCGGCUGCAAGUCCAAGGAAUCUGACGCCGUAGCGCGUUGUGUUGAUUGCGCAAACUACCUCUGCCCCAACUGCGUCAUGGCACACCAAUUCAUGCAUUGCUUCGAAGGCCAUCGAGUUCUUGCAUUCACCGACAUGAAAGACGACAAAGGCAUACUGGGGACUACUAUUACGACAAGCGGAGAGAAAACCGCAUUCUGCCCAAGACACAAAAAUGACAUCUUGAAGUAUUACUGCCGUACGUGCUCCGUGCCGGUGUGCAAGGAAUGCACCAUUAUAGAGCAUCCAGCGGCUCUGCACGACUGCGAGCAUCUCUCUGACGCCGGUCCCAAACAGUUGGAGCUCAUGCAGCAAGCGGUAAACGAAGCUAAGACCCGCGCAACUGAAAUAAGGCACGUGGUCAAGACAGUAGAGCACGCCGCUGGAAAAUUACAAGUUCAGUAUCACAAGGCACAGAAUGAGAUAAACGACACUUUCCAGUUCUAUCGCUCCAUGUUGGAAGAACGAAAACAAGAACUGCUAAAAGAGCUAGAAAGUGUAUUUUCUACCAAACAAAUUGCCCUGACAGUGGUUGGACAAAAGGCGCAGGAAACUGUAGAUAAGAUUUAUCAGACAUGCGACUUUGUCGAGAAACUGACGAAAUGCGCCAACAUCGCUGAGAUCCUUAUGUUCAGGAAACUUCUCGAUACCAAACUGCAAUCCUUGAUGAGCUCUAACCCCGAACAAAGCGUACAGACAGCAUGCGAACUGGAAUUUGUUUCCAACUACCAAGCCAUCCAGGUAGGUGUACGAAACACUUUCGGGUACGUACGCUCAAGCUCAGAAGCAAACGUCGGUCCGACUAAACAACCACCGAUCGCUCGUCCAACAAACGGAUCCCUGUUGAAUGGAGGCUCAUCAUCCAGCAGCAGCAGCGUGAACGGAAGCUCUGGAAGCUUGAACGGUGGCAUUCAUCUACCUACCGGUUUGAACGGAGUUCUGGAUCGUCCAUUUACUAAUGGGCUUCUAGGGCCUACUAGCCAGUCUACUUCGCCAUUCGAAUCUAAUUUGAUUUCAAAACGAUUCAACAGCGUCAACAGCCUCGGGCCUUUCUCUGCUGCUAUCGGAGAUAUGAAUCUAAACGGAAUUAAUCCAUACGAAAAAUGGUCCAACGGUGGUUGUGAUGCCCUGUUUCCACCAACCACAACUGACCCAUACUCACUGACUGCUGUGGCACAUACCGAUCCUCUGCUAGACCUAACAAACAAAUUGAUUUCCACUGCUAUGUUCCCGCCUAAAUCUCAAAUCAAGCGCCAAAAAAUGAUUUACCAUUGCAAAUUCGGAGAGUUUGGCGUUAUGGAAGGCCAAUUCACGGAACCCAGCGGUGUCGCGGUCAAUGCUCAGAACGAUAUCAUUGUUGCCGAUACAAACAACCACCGCAUUCAGAUCUUCGACAAAGAAGGUCGUUUCAAAUUCCAAUUCGGGGAAUGCGGCAAGCGUGACGGCCAGUUACUGUAUCCUAACCGCGUCGCUGUUGUUCGCACAUCAGGAGACAUAAUUGUGACAGAACGAUCGCCAACACACCAGAUCCAGAUCUAUAACCAAUACGGGCAGUUUGUACGCAAAUUCGGGGCAAACAUCUUGCAACAUCCCCGCGGAGUCACCGUCGACAACAAGGGCCGUAUCGUUGUCGUCGAAUGCAAAGUAAUGCGGGUUAUCAUUUUCGAUCAAGUGGGCAACGUACUACAGAAGUUUGGCUGCUCUAAGCACUUGGAAUUCCCCAACGGCGUCGUCGUUAAUGAUAAGCAGGAGAUUUUCAUCAGUGACAAUCGCGCACAUUGCGUCAAAGUAUUCAAUUAUGACGGCAUUUACUUGCGUCAGAUCGGGGGCGAAGGUGUCACCAAUUAUCCGAUCGGCGUUGGCAUCAACGCAGCUGGUGAGAUCUUGAUCGCCGAUAACCACAACAACUUCAAUCUGACGAUCUUCACGCAGGAGGGCCAACUCGUAUCUGCCCUCGAAAGUAAGGUCAAACACGCUCAAUGCUUCGACGUAGCGCUCAUGGACGACGGCUCAGUUGUACUUGCGAGCAAGGACUACCGGCUGUACAUCUACCGCUACGUACAAGUGCCCCCAAUAGGCAUGUGAACCUUCCGAUUCGUUUACAGAAGAUUUUAUUGAAGGAAUGGCCGAACCCAAUCUCACCCAGCCAGCAAUAGACUCUUCUGUAACAAUGACCGCGCGUGUCAAUUUUAAACAACCGAAGGACAAUUAUGUGUGAAAUCAAUUGAACUUAAUGAUUUAAAAGUGCAAGUGUCGUAAUCUUUCGCCUGUCUCGAUGUGAUCGUGAUUUUAUUAUUGAUAAAGCAUCAUGUAUUCUGACAUGAGAUCUCUGUAUGAAUUAUUCCCAAAUGAAACUGUAAUGAGAUUAGUUUAUAGUAUUGACAUUGUUAUUAAAGUACCUAUUCAAUGAUAGAGAUUAUUCCAUCAGAUCGGAAAACAAUUUUCGACCGAUGUUCUGAAUCCCUUAUCAUUAUUGAUUUUACGAAAAAUAUUUUUUCAUAUCCCCAACACCUUUGUAUUAGGGAUGAUAUUCAGGGCAUUUGUAUUAUUUAGCCCAUUUGUUGGACCAAUAUUUUAACUAUUAUUACUUAACAAAUUGUUAGGUGUUAAGCGUGUGAUUUUAUUGUAUUAGAGAGAGCAUCGAGAUGUAUUGUUGUUAGUUUUAAGGAAUAUUCUACGGCACGAUGGCACUUCCUGUUUUUAAUUAGCACUUAUUCUGUGUCGGUGGAAAAUACGAAAACUUAAGUAAGAAGUUGUUACAUUAUUAUAGGUAAGUGUUAAAUUGAUUGAGCUGAAAAUGGACAAUCUUGGUUACUACCUAUUUGACGUAGUAUUAAAAAAAAAAAGAGGGGAAUGUGAUUUUAGGGGUUUUAUCAAUGGCAAUGUUGACCGCGGCGUUCGGGAACCAUUUUGAAUUACCAUUCGAAGCUAUAGAUAGUAGAGCAGUUUAGAGAAUCACGAACCUAUAGGACAGCAUUUAUUUGAGUGAGUUUGGCGUCUUUCAUAGUCUAAAUUCUCCGCUGAAAGUAAAUGUUCUUUUCCCAAUAGAAACAGCAUUGAUUCAUGAAAGAUUCAUCAACAAUCUCCGCGAUACCGCCUAGUCACUGAGAUCCCACGAACUAUAAUUUCCUCUUUGUUGUUUUUUACCGAUUAAUAGAUUCUCGGUUAAUUAUACGUUUUUAUACAAAUAUAAGUAAGUUUAUUAUUAUUAUUAUUUUAUAAUAUGAAUUGGACACGGUAGUAACUAGUAGAGCACUUUUAGUAAAAUGUCGUUUCGCUAGAGUUUCUUUAUAUUAGAUUGGUUUUUGUUUUGAGAUUUUUUUUUCGGAUACAUCACCGAUGUGUGUCUCUGUUUUACUUAAUGGAGUAUUGCAACAACUGCUCUUAAUAAAAAUAUUAUACAAUUUGUUAAACUGGUAAGAUAUUUUUUUUCUAAGAAAAGCGAUUUUUUUUUAAAUAUUUUUAGAAGUAGUAUUUACGGUGCAUGUAACGAUUAAUAUUUCGUAUUAUCAUUAUUAUUAUUAUUUUUGAAUUCAAUAUGUCAUGCUACUUUUUUUUUAUAUUAAUUACCGUGUGUUUGAGUGUGUUAGCUGAAUUAUUUUAGUUUUGAUUUUUAUUUUUUUUAAUUAGUGAUUUUGGUUUUUAUUUUUAUUCGAUAAUGAUUUUAAGUAUUCUUCGCUGACAGUAUGACAAGUUAAGAUCUGAUGCGAUCCUUGAUUAGUGCGCUCGAGAUCGUUCUCAUAAAUUGAUCUGUAUUAAUUUUACUUUAGGUUAUACGUUACAGCUUCGUGAUAUAUCCUCGUAUAAUAUUUUUUUAAAUUGCUAAUUGAAGCCACGCCGAUGACGUCACCGUUGCCUGACAUCCAAACGCCUCUUGGAAUACCUGCUCGUCAUGUGCCAUACAAUGUUGUGAUUGAAUAAGUGAUAUUUAGUAUUGUUUUGUAAAUAUGUACCAUAUUCUGAUUUUAAGCGUAAGAGAUGAUCUGAAUUCCUGAUUUCACCUGUCAUUGACGCUGAUAUCCGCGAUAACGGCUUGUGGUCCGUGAUAUCAUCUUCCCCGAUAGCACCGUUAUUGUUGAAUUCGGCGCUAAAUGUCUCGCGGAACGACUCAAAUCUUUAUCUCAUUUCUUGUUUUUUUUUUUAUCGUGUGCCGUCAUAUGCGGGUGUCUCGGCGUUGCUUCGAUCGCAUAGUUGGACUUCCUCAUUAGAAACUCAACGGAUUAGCUGAAUAACAUUCGUCGGUCGUAUCUUAGUGUGUUCCAAAAUUCAGUGAUCACUCACCAAUGAUUUUUUUUAUAUAGACUGCCCUGUUCCUAAUAAAACUAAGAUGAGACCGCCUUUGUUUUUCACUUAAUCCUCUGAUAGCUACAUUCAGGUAGACAGGAUAUCAGUUGGGACGUAAAAAAGGUUCGCCUCAGUUGUUUUACCGAAUUAUUUUUGCAUGUUUAAUUUUUUUAUUUGUCGAGAAAAUUAAAUGAGUUUUUUUUUUCGAUGUAUUUUAUAGAAUCGAUUACUAGAACUGAGGUAACUAGUGAUAACGGACGUAAAGACUUCUAGAUUCGUCAUAACCACAAAAUCGAUUUUCGAUUUUUUUAAACGGAAAUCGAUUUUAUGUUUUCAUUCGUGUUUUUUUUUUUACAUAAUCAACCUACUACUUAAUAUAAAUGACUUUAAACACAUUACAUUUGUAUUUAAGUAUAGUAUUGUAGUUUAUGAAAUUAUUAAUUUUUCGACGAUAAUAUUUUGCAAAUUAUGACAACUACAGCUCCGCAUGUGUAAAGCUGAUUUUUAUAGUUUUGAUUUUUUAUUUUAUUUUUCUUAAUUUUAUAUUUCACAAAAUGACAGUUAAGUAGAUGCAAACCAGAAUAAAAUUAAGCUUAUUUUUUACAUUCAAUAUUAUUUGUUUUUAUAUGCAUAAUAUCGUAAUUAUUAAUUAAUUAAUUUUAAAAUAAUGGAAAACUAUUUCAUUCUUAUAUUUGCAUUUCAAAAAGAAAUCUCGUGGACUGAUUAAAAUUGAAAACAUGUUUUUUUGUCUUUGAAUAUAUUUUGUCGAUGUUUGUUGUUAUAAUUAUUAUUAUUAUUAUUAUUAUAUUUUUUUAAUUAUUUGUAUAAAACAAUUGUUCUUUAAAUUAAUGUACGUCGUUUUGUUUUGAAUUAUUUUUGUUGUAUAAUUGCUUUUUUUUUUAUAAUAAUACCAGUUCAUUGCAGUUUUA